AUGAUGGUUUUUCCCGGCAAAUGGCUCCGGACCCCACAGGUAGCCAAGACCGCGCGCAGAGCCAGUCCACCCUCGAACGGGAAGCCCCGCCGCCUGGCGGCCCGUAGGGGCACGCGCGGUGGGCACGCGACGACGACCGACAGCUCGCGCGUGACGCAUGCAUACCAAGCUUCAGUCCGUUCCUGCGCGGCACGAGGCGGCACCUGCCGCCAACGUUCUGGGGGCACACCUAUCCCCGCCAAUAGACGUCUGAACGACGUCAUUUUGCACGCGGGGUCUGACACCCCCGAGAACGUGCUCUGUGGUCACGUGGACUGCGCUACGGACAAGUCGCCAACGUCGUGGAAGGUGACAUCGCGCUUUCGUGGAAGUGACGGCUGA